ACAGGUACUAAUCCAACGGACAACUGGGAUAUUUUACUGCAGUCUCUUUUGAUAUCAGUACUAAUUUCAAUACAUUUCAUGGCGUCUGACAUUGCAGGGCUAACUUAUCUUGGUGUGGAAGACUAACGGAUCAUGAAGGUUCUUAAACGCCUGCAAUAUAUAGUGAAAUUCAUAGACAGUCGUUCUGAGAAAAUCCUAGUGUAAGGUAGGAAAGAAUAGACAAUUCUAAUCCAGUGUAAGUAGGAAAGAAUAGACAAAUUCUAAUCCUAAUCUUGUACCGGAAUGAUCAAAAGCUUUCACAAAGGAACAUCAUUCCUUUUCUUGAACAUUCUUCCUUUUCUUUUAGAAAUUAGGAUUCCUUUCCUUUUGUAACAAGGAAUCAACCUUAUGUUUGGAGUCCUAUUACAUCAUAUAUAAUGCCCUAUUACAUCAUAUAUAAUACAUAGCUUCUCUGCAAUAACACAUCUAAUCCAAACAUGACGACUACAGAAACACUCCGGCCGUAUCCACAUAGCGCCUUGAUGAACAAUGAUGAUCCUCAAAAGGUAGUUGAUCGAGUUGAAAUUGAAUAUGUUCCAGAGCAAUUAACUGAGCUAAACGAUUCCAUGUAUGCAGAUUUUAAACAAAUUUUCGAGAAGUUCACAUUCAAGGACACCGCGGGUGUCGAAGAGGAAAAGAAAGAUGAUGUCCAUCACACUCAGGAAGACACAAAUUCAGAAGAGGAGGACUAUCAACAAAAGCAAGCAAAGAGCGUUUCAAACAAGAAGAAAAAGCGAGCGAAGAUGAGCGUUGCGCAACUGAAACAGAUGUGUUCAAGGCCUGAUGUUGUUGAGGUGUGGGACGCAACUGCAGCCGAUCCCAAGUUGUUGGUGCAUCUCAAAUCAUACCGGAACACGGUACCGGUGCCAAGGCAUUGGAGCCAGAAGAGAAAGUACUUACAGGGUACGCGCGGUGUCGAAAAACGACCCUUUCAGCUCCCUGCUUACAUUGCUGAUACCGGAAUAGCGAAACUCCGAGAGGCUUACGUUGAGAAACAAGAGAGCAAGAAGUUAAAGCAAAAGACACGAGAAAGAAUGCAGCCAAAGACGGGGAAGAUGGACAUUGAUUAUCAGGUACUUCAUGAUGCCUUCUUCAAGCAUCAGGUUAAGCCAAAGCUCACAAUACUUGGUGAUCUGUACUAUGAAGGGAAAGAGUAUAAUCAGAUGGCACUGAUGCAUAAGAUGAAGCCAGGUGGGAAUUUGUCACCUGCACUAAGAGAAGCUCUCGGUAUGUCAGAAGGUGCUCCUCCGCCGUGGCUCAUUAACAUGCAGAGAUAUGGUCCUCCACCAUCAUAUCCAUGUCUCAAAAUCCCGGGGCUGAAUGCUCCUAUCCCCGCCUUAGCUAGCUUUGGUUACCAUCCUGGUGGCUGGGGAAAGCCUCCUGUUGAUGAAUAUGGCCAGCCUUUGUAUGGCGGUAACGUUUUUGGUGUUGAGAAACCUGAUCAUCAUGGGGAAGAGCCGGUUGAAAAGAUGAAACAUUGGGGUGAGUUGGAAGAUGAAGAAGAAGUAAACGAAGAUGAUGAUGAAGAACAGCAGGAGGAGGAGGAAGAAGAAGAAGAAGAAGAAGUAAAGGAAGAGAAAGAGGAUGAUAUGAAAUCUGUACCUGAUGACACAGUACCUGACGAGAUUGAUCUUCGGAAGCAGUCGAGCAAAGAAACAGGUGAAAAGCCUUCAUUGUACCAAGUACUUGAAGAGAAGGAAGAAAGAAUUGGCGCAGGGACAUUGCUCGGAACAACUCACACGUAUGUUGUUAGUGGCGGUGGUGGCCGAGGAGGCGAAAAAGCAGCAGGAGUGAAGAGGGUGGAGCUGUUGAGAGGUCACAAGGCAGAUAAAGUGGAGGUGAGUCUACAACCUGAAGAGUUGGAAGCUAUGGAGAAUGUGUUGCCUGAAAAGUAUCAGCAAGCCAGGGAGGAGGAGAAGCUGCGUCAUCAGCCGGAGGAUUAUAGUGACAUGGUUGCGGAGGAUAUUAAGAAGAGGAAGCGUAAGAUGCAGGAAAAGGAAGCUAAAUCCAAUAAGAAGAACAAGGACGGUGGUUACAAGUUCUAG